UGACGGUGCUUGUACACGUAGCCUAGUAGGAUGAGUUCAGUAAAGAUGGUGGCAGUGUGUCAUACUCACUGUCCGGCAUACUUCUACAUCUGACUUCACUCUCCUCGGUGACGUAUUUUAGAGUGGUCUGUUCCCCGGGCCUGUUGGUUCUGCAGAAAUGCAGCCCCCUCCUCGGGCUGGACCUCCAGGAGCUUCUGGGCCUCCACCUUCAGGACCUAAUAUGUUCCGCAGGACCAGGCCUCAAAAACAUGCAGCAGCAGCAGCAACUACCACAAUGCCUCCUCCUACUCUACCCAUGACCGAUCCUUUUGCUUUUGGUAGAGGUCAGCCCCCUGUGGCUGCAGGUGGUUUUCCACCUAUACCAAACAGUAACCCACCUCAACUGCAGACUCCAUCAAACACCAUGUACUCUCAGCUUGGUUCCGGCCUUCCUCCACAACCACAAAUAUUAGAAGGUGUCCCAACUGGCCCCCCACCAUCCUCUCUACCAGCGGUGACAUUAUAUAACCUCCACAGUUCAGCAUCCUCUGGUGUUUUCUCAGCACCAAGUCCCACAGGAUAUGCAUCCUCUACUAGUGAACAGGAUUAUUUUAAUUCAAGAGACCAGGCACCAGCCAUGUCCACAGAGUCACCACAUAUGGCACCAACAGCCAAUGUUAAACCUCCUAACCAGGAAUUUCAAGGACAGCCUCUUCCACAUUCUGUGCCCUUUCAGCCACUUCCUCCCGCCUCUGCCCAUUGGGUCCCUGAUCAUUCGAGUCGCCCUCCAUCAGUUCAGAAUUAUUUCCAACCAACUAGUGAUCCUCCAACACAGCCUGUAAAUAUAGCUUCACAGACUCAAAGAAAUGCUUCCCACAGCCAGUCACCCCAUCACAACACCCCCACACCUGCCAGUCAACUUGGACUUCCUCAGAAUCAAGCCCAUCUUCCCCUUCAAAACCCUGUAAUACCCUCUAACCCUAUGUGGUCUGACCCACAUGGGUCCCAGCAACACAAUUCACAUUUACAGACUCACAGUUAUUUCAAUCAAAGCUCUGCACCACAGGAAUUAUGGUUAAAUCAACCUCCACCUCGACAGGACUCAGGCUACCACCAAAUGGGGACUGACUCAAACCAUCCUCAGCCACAUGCAGACUUGGCUGGAUCUCAACAUGUGUCCAACACUGGGAAUGGAGCUGGUGUCAGACCUGGGACUGGUUCUGCUUCUGCCUCAGAUCCUUAUCCUCAGGACUCAGGUGCACUCUCCAUGUUCUUCAAAGAUGACGUGGAAAAUGAGGAAACCCUCUGUAGUGAGAGGAGUAAAGCAUUAAAUGGUGUCUCAGGGUCUUUUCAGCAUCACAGCAGUCCACAAGCCCACAGUCGCCACGCAAAUGUUCCUUUAAAUUACCAAGGAGUUUCUGUUCAAGAUAACUCACUCUUUCCCUACAUGAAUGAAAGCAGUCACCUUUCACAGGAAAAUGCCCAGAAGUCGCCUGAGGCUCAAUUUGACCAUGUGGAGAAUUUGGAGUGUGUCCCAAAUCAGGAAGUAUUACCCAGCGAUACUCAAGGCAGUGCUGCUGCUGCUGCAGCACCCCAUGAAGUGGACCAGUUUGAAAGUGGGCCAAACUUAGAGACUCCAGAUUCAGUUCCAAGACCAAUGAGAUCUGCAAGUGUGUCGUCCAAUUAUAGCAAUUUGAGCCACAACAGUGGAACUGGCCCUCGUCGGCUUAAGGGUGUCGAAGGCACCUUUAUUCAGCGGGAAAGUCCUCGUCUCAGCGAAAAUGCUAACCCAUCUGCUGCUACUGGAGGCUACUUUGAGCAGAUUGAUACUUCUCCUGCUGGAGAUGCAGGUGUGCAACAGACCCCACUGGAGCAAAUAUGGCUACCCACACCUAGCCCUCCAAAACCAACUGGUAUUUUUCAAGCAAGUGCUAACAGCUCCUUUGAACCUGUGCGAUCACAUGGGGUUGGGGUGCGUCCAGCUGAGGUGGAUAGGGCAAAAAUGGUGGCUGAAAGAGGCACUGACUGCACGUCUGGAAACUUGGAACAGCCACCGGAUAAUAUGGAGAAUAUUUAUGGCCCAGGACACCCCCAGCCUGCUGCUACUGGAGGUGGAAUCCCUCAUCUGACACAACCAGUAGUUCAUUCCCACUCUCGGCCUUCAUCUCGUGCUUUUGGGGCCAGUCGGCCGUGUGAGAGUCCGGCGACUACUCUGUGGGCUCAGAAUGAUCCUACAAGCUUGGGUGCUAACAUCCUCCUUGCUCCUGCUGCUCCCACAGUUUUGGCACCUUUACGAGAGCCUAGCACUGAUGUCAUUCAACCACCAGAAGAUGGUCCGCUAGACCUGCAGCCCCCACAGAGAAUCCAGUCAACCAGUCAGCAACAUUUAGAAAAUCUAGAGAACCCACCAAAGGUGAGUGAUGCAGAGCCAACCGACUCUCAGAGCAACCUGGGCUACGCCUCUCUCCUCGUGUCCAGCUCACUUCAUCAGCCUGUUUUGAUUGCCCCGCCUGUAUCCAAUUACAGUGUGAUUCCUCCCAGUGGCCUCGCUCAAUCAUCCACCCAAAGUAGUCACAGGGAAGCUACCCCCCCUGAUAGAUCACCUGCACAGGGACAGGGUGCCAGUAUCUCUCAAUCACCUUCUCUACCUUCCAAACAAAAUCCACUUUUUUCUGCUGGACCCAUAAAUUUUAGCUCCUCAACUGCUAACCAGGGUCCACUGAAUCUGACUCGAGACAAAACUGUAGCUCCAACAUCAGAAAUCACAACCCCGUCUCUGCCUCCGCAAGUCAACCCGCCUCUGUUAAGAGGUAGAGCACUGAGUGAAGAUAACCCAGCUGCCAUUCACAUUAAUUCACAUUCUUCUUCCAUUGUGAUUGCUUCUGUCUCUAAUCAUAAUCAGGCAUCAAAUUAUGAGCUGCUUGAUUUUUCUAUGCACCAAUCACAGACUCGAAGCCAAGCAUCUGAUCGACCUUCUUCUCUACAUGAGUCAUUACCUUCUAGUAAUGGGUUUUACCUGCAGGUCACCAAAGAUGCUCAGCAGGUGGCAAGAGGAGGGAAUGCCUCUAUCCAGACCACAGCUUCUUCAUUUACCCCACAGGUACCACCCGCACCCUCCCAAGCUGCAGCAAACCCACAGCGGUCCCAGAAUGAAUCUUCUAAGACAUCAGAUUCUCAGGCUGCACCCCAGGGACAGAAAGAUGCCCCAGUUGUUCCUGUGAGUGGAGCACAACCUCCUACUGGUCAGUUAUCAAAUCCAGCACAAGGACUGGCUGCAGAUAGCGCUCCUCCCACUGCAACCGCAUACCCACCGGGGCCGAGAGGUCCAGCACCUCCAGGGGCAUCCCACCCAUCUUCAGCAGAGCCACCUCGACCACCUUCCUCAGCAGGCAGCCAUCAUGCUUAUGGACCCCCAUCACUCCCUGUGGCAGGACAGAGUGGUUAUUAUGGGAAUUAUGGAGAAUACCCAGAUAGCAGAGCGCCGUAUCCUCCAAGCCAGUACCCUCCUCCACCUGGAGAUCCAAGAGCACAGGCAUAUUAUCACGAUUUAUCAUACCAUGGCAGAGCAGACCCCUGGUAUGGCAGAUAUGAGGGGCAGACCCAAGGCUACCAUGAUCCAAACUACCAAUACAGAGAGCCACAACCAGACAGACCCAGCUCGAGGACGAGUCAGUACUCUGAUCGACCCUCAUCAAGGCAAGGAUACACCGAUGAUUACCAGCAAGCAAACCGAAGUUCCUACAGUGAUUAUUACGGAGGUUAUCCCAAACACUAUGAUUAUGGAGGAUACAACUAUGGACAAUACGACCCACGAUACAGAGGAUACUAUGAUCAGUCAUACUAUGCAUAUUACAAUGAGAGUUACAGAAACAGCUACUAUAAUCAACCUGUGUAUCCCACCAGGAAAGAUGGGUAUGAUGACCAGUGGCGGUACUAUCCUGGAUAUGACGCCAGUUUUGAUGAUGAUAAUCAACGUGGAAGAGAUGCGUAUGGUGAUGACUUUGACCGACGCAGCGUGCACAGCGAGCGGUCGGCACACAGUGUGCACAGCUCCCACAGUCACCACAGCCGACGGAGCAGCUUCAGCUCUCGAUCUCAGCAGAGCCAGGUGUAUAGGAGCCAGCCUGAUUUGGUGUCUGCGGUUUAUGACACCACACAGUCAACAAUGCCUGUGGACUACUCUUACGGGCAAUACCCGAAUCAGGUGGAUGCUUCUCAGAACUACAGCCAGUACACGUAUCCUCCAGAGUACUCCGUAGACAAUACCUGGGUUGCCCCUGAGCAGCCUCCGCCUCGUCCUGCAACCCCAGAAAAGUUCACCGUACCCCACCGUUGUGCCCGCUUUUGCCCUGGUGGUCAUCUGAUUCAGGUUCUGCCUAAUCUCCCCUCAGCUGGACAGCCCGCUCUGGUCGAAAUCCACAACAUGGAGACCAUGCUUCAAGACACCCCAGAUCAGGCUGAACUGCGGACCUUCCCUGGACCCCUUAUUAAGGAGGAUACCCAUAAGGUGGAUGUGAUCAAAUUCUCCCAGAACAAAGCACUGGAGUGUUCUCGGGAUAACAACCUGUUGGACAGGGACUCUGCCCGCCUGCUCUGGGACUUCAUCGUGCUGCUCUGUAGACAGAACGGGACUGUCGUUGGCACAGACAUCGCUGACCUCUUGCUGAAGGAGCACCGAUCCGUGUGGCUGCCAGGGAAGAGUCCCAAUGAAGCCAACUUGAUUGAUUUUAAUAACGAGCCCAUCGCUCGAGCUGAAGAGGAGCCUGGAGCUGGACCCCUGUCCCUUCUGUCGGACACCUUCAUGACUGUCCCCGAGAAUGUUGGCAAGGAAACGGAGCGCUUCAGGGAACUGCUACUGUUUGGCCGCAAAAAAGAUGCGCUGGAAGCAGCCAUGAAGGGAGGGCUCUGGGGUCACGCCUUACUUUUGGCCAGUAAGAUGGACAACAGGACACAUGCACGGGUCAUGACGAGGUUUGCCAAUAGUUUGCCUAUGAAUGACCCUCUCCAGACGAUGUACCAGCUGAUGUCCGGAAGGAUGCCCGCAUCGGCCACUUGUUGUGGAGAAGAGAAGUGGGGUGACUGGCGCCCUCAUUUGGCCAUGAUACUGUCUAACCUCACCCACAAUAUGGACCUGGACUCUCGCACAAUCACCACUAUGGGCGACACUCUUGCUUCUAAGGGGCUGACAGAUGCUGCACACUUCUGCUACCUCAUGGCUCAAGUUGGCUUAGGAGUUUUCACCAAAAAGAGCACCAAGCUCGUUUUGAUUGGCUCAAACCACAGUUUGCCCUUUAUUAAAUUUUCCACUAAUGAAGCAAUCCAGAGGACUGAAGCCUACGAGUAUGCUCAGUCUCUGGGCUCCCAGCCAUGUUCACUGCCCAACUUCCAGGUGUUCAAGUUAAUCUAUGCAUGCCGAUUGGCUGAGGCAGGCCUGUGUGCCCAGGCCUUUCACUAUUGUGAAGUCAUCUCAAAGACUGUCCUCGUGCACCCCUCCUACUAUUCUCCAGUGUUCAUUAGUCAGAUCAUUCAGAUUUCAGAAAAGCUGCGUUUCUUUGAUCCACAAUUAAAGGAGAAACCUGAGCAGGAACUGUUUGUUGAACCUGAAUGGCUGAUUCACCUGAGGCAUCUGGAUGGGCAGAUCAGGACUGGCCAGAUCAUCUACAAUGUGAACAGAACCACACCUGCACAGUUUGAUUGUAGCAGUGAAGGUUCUGACUUGGACCAACCAACUCCACCAGAACCUUACAGCAUGCCAACGGAAGUGGAUGGCCACGCCCCUGAUAACCCCCUCAUGAGCUCAUUACUACCUGGACCUCCACCAGAAGGAGUGCAGUUAAUGCCCCCAGCUCCCACCACCAUUCUCCAGGACAGAAUGGCUCCUCCUCAGCUCUUACCCUCCAAUGAUGCGCCACAGUUCUACCCAGUAUCUCCUACUGGACCACCAGGCCAGGUCCCCGUGCCAGGAUUCCAUCCACAGGAUCACGGCGUUGCCCCUCCCCCCUUCCAACCUCAGCCUGAGCAGAUGGAGAUCUAUCCAGGAGUCCAUCAGCAACAUUUCCCUCCUUCACAGGAGGGUCAGCUGUCACCUCACAGUCUUCCUCCACAGGUGCCACAUUCACCUGUGCAGAUGUUUCAUCCACCACCACCACCACACAUGCCACAGCUGAUGCCAGCCUCUCCUGGCCAUAUGCCAGCUCCCCCAGAGAUGCAGGCCCAGCCAAUCUCAUCAUCCCCGCCCAGGGGCUCCUUCACACCUCAGAUGGACUUGUAUGAUCAUAUGGCUAACAUGGGUUCUAGGAGAACACGGACGAUUUCUCAGUCUUCAACACAUUUGGCAUCAGGACGCAGCUCUCGCAGAGCCUCCGAGUCAUCGACCCACUCAGGUGGAAGAGAGCGAAGCAACUCUGCAGUGAAGCAGGCGUCUCCACCUCCACCUUCUAUCCCUGAGCAGCCCCGUAAAGAAGAGGCCAAGAAAGCCAAAAGAGACCCACCGGAAAAGGGGAAAAGCUGGCUGCCGUGGCCUUUUGGAAGGAAGAAAAAUGAGGCUCACCUGCCAGACGACAAAAACCCCUCUAUUGUGUGGGAUGAAAAGAAGAAUCGAUGGGUAGACUUGAACGAGCCUGAAGAGGAGAGUAAACCUCUUCCUCCACCGCCAGUUGGGUUUCCCAAGAUGCCUCAGAUGCCUGGUCCUGGUGGGCCGGUUGCUCCGCCAAACGCUGGUUCUCAGUUCAACGUGUUUUCCAGGAAGGCGGGUACCAAGAGCAGAUACGUGGAUGUUCUGAACCCGAACAGAAAAGCUAAUCCAGGCGGGGUGGCCCCUCCUCCAGCCGACAUCUUUGCUCCUUUGGCACCAAUGUCUAUGCCUGCUAACUUGUUUGUGCCUAGUUCAGCUCCUGAUGAUCAUCAGCCUCUGGAGGGACAUGAAGGAGGAGCUCCUGAGCAGAAUUCACCAAACACCGGCGCUCCUUCACAGAUGUUCAAUCCGAUGUUGUUACCACCAGCCCCAGAAGGUCCUCCUGUCCCUGAUGGCUCUCGGUCUGGGGAGCUGUCACGAUCUAGCUCAAUGAGUUCUUUAUCAAGAGAAGUGAGUCAGCAUUUAAACCAGAGUCAUCCUCCCCAGGGAGCUGCACCCAGCGGAGGGGUCACUUUUUAUAAUCCUGCACAGUUUGCACAGACAAAUGCACCACCAGGAGGUGGAGCGCGGCCCGGCCGCUUGGGCGGGCAGCGUCAGUACCCAGUGUUGAAGUAAACCUCAUCCAAGAAGAAGAUUGAUUCUUUCUGGGAGUAAAUGAAGCACAUGAACUUACUCCUCUCUGUCUUAAGGACACUUCAUUUUUGCCUUCACACAAGAAGAACCUCAUUUGGUCUUCAUCUAACAGCUUAACCACUCGGAUCCUUUGUUUUUCUUUUUAAUAAGCCCAGUAGGUGGCGCUGGUGGAUUUGUAAUUAGCAGUGUGUCCUUAAAGGGCUUAUUCCUGCUGAUAAACAGGAAAAAAAAAUCCAUUUAAUUUUGUGUAUAGGCUUAUCUAGAUUCAUUAAUUCACAAAAUGUUCAUGUUGGCAUCAUCUAGUGUACAAUAAAUGUGUUGCUCUACUAAAGCUGCCAGCUUCCCGUUAUAACAAAUGAUCGAUCGCUCCAUGUCUGAGGUUCGUACGUCUGACUGGAUGUGUGAAGGACCGACAGAAAGAGGCACCUUUCAAUUUCAUUCUGUGGUUUGUGCAGAUUUUUGUUUUUUUUUCUUAAUCGGAGUCGAUCUUUGUGAGGGAUUUGCGUCCAUCAUAUUUUGUGUUGCUGUGUUAGCUUUUCGUUUCAGCCGCCCUCCAGUAAAGAAAGUCUGCAGUGUUUAGAGGCUGCUUGUAUUUAAAUUACCCCCCCCCCCCCCUCCUCCAUUACCUGUCCACUCUUGAAGGCCUGUCAGGUUUUUGUCUUUUUUUUUUUUUUUUUUUUUUUUCAAAAUUCUCAACAGACAAAUGAAAUGAGACGAAACAGCAGGAGCCAGAAUUAAAGAAGCUUUUUAAAUAUAGCAGAAAAUGAAUCUAUCCAAAUAUUUGUAUAUCAGAUUGAUUGUAUUUAUGAAAUGUAGGCUCAGAGGUGUGUGAGAGUGAGAAAUGCAUUAAUGAUUCAAGAAAUGACAACAAUCAUAUUCUAAUCAUUUGUAUCAGCUGCUUCUGCAUAUAAAUAAACCUUUUCAUUGUAAACUAUGAGCUAACUGUUUUCUAAACACUUGUUUUUAUUUUACUUUACCAAUGGAAGUUGAUUCCGUCGCUGAGCCUCUUAAAUGUUUCUUGUUCAUUCACUUUGUUGGAUUGACUUUAAAGUUCACGUUUGGUUUCAGAAGCCAUUUUUCCUGUUUUGGGAUUUCUUAUGGAAAUUUGCUGAACAAUUACUUUAAACAAAGUGAAAAAAUAUAUCAAAAAUGUGCUUCUCUUUUUGCUCUUUGUAGCAUUUUAAUA